AUGGUUCGUUCCUUAGAGAGAAAAGAAGAAAGGAGCCUCACAGCUUUAGCUGAGGCCACUCUUAUUUGUAGCAGAGAUGGAUGGCAGCUGACGGGUGAACAGCAGAACAAUACAUCGGUAUGCGCACGACAAGUCUACUUUGGCCCAAUUGGGAAGGGAUGGCUGUUUUUAUUCAACCUCCGUAUCUUGUGUUUGUAUUGUUUCUUAGCUCCACUCAUUUACCUCACACAAAGUCAUUCUCUAGCCAAUUUUGUUUCCAGUAUGCGGAACGAGUGGACUCUCUGGAACAAGCUGCUCCAGGAGAAGAAAACUCCAACUGCGGAGUCAAAAACACCCCACACUGUGGCCAGGUCAAAGAAAUGGUUUAGACUGGUGCUUUUAGCGGCAAUGUUUGCUAUGUUACUACGCCCUUUUUGGGAGCCUAUGACUGAAUGUGUCCACUUUACAACAUCUACAGUGUCAUAUGGUGCUCCAAUUCCACGCUGGAGAUUUUCCCCGCUGGAAUCCCGCAACAACGACUACUCCACCUCUGCCAAUGGCCCCAAGGAAAUUUUUGAGGUAUACAUGCCUCCCAAAGACUUUGGAACUCCUCUUUACAACCAGACCUUGUUGUCUACCACCUUUGCGAGUAGCUGGGGCCAUCCAGCAGUUGUUAAGUACACUGCUCCAGCUGUCAAUUUUACACAGGUAGUGCUGGUUCUGGACACAGUCGUUGAUGGGGUUCAGUACGAUAGAUUAGCCCAUCUGUACUUGAGUGGAGUUCCUUUGUGGAGAACUUCCACAAUUGAGCCUGGUGGAACAUUGGCUCAUUCUUCCACUUCCAAGGACUUGACGUUGUACGCCUCGGUAUUCAGAGAGGAUGGUGAGCUGAUGUUUCAAUUGGACAAUCUCAUGACAUCUCGUCUUACUGGCGCUUUCAAUAUCACGCUCACAGCCUACUAUUACGACGCCGAGCCAGGCACUUCUCUUCCAAAGAGAGAUUCACUGGAGUCACUGGAUGAUGUUUUGCGCAUUACAGACAUCGAUGACGAUCUAUAUGUCCCUGGUUCUAAGCGUAAGCUGUUCGAGGCUUCCGAAGAGGCUGAUCGAGUUAUUACUCUGGUUAAAGCCCCAGAUGGAAGACCACCUCUACGCUACUUGCCGGACCAUGGGUUUGACUUCAAAGUCCAAAAGCUGAACCAUAAUACCACUCGUGUCAAACUCCAGCUGUUUGCGUCUGGAAAUGCCGAGGAGGAGUUUUGGUACUCUAACGUGCUCGACGAGUUCAAGGACAUAUUUGCUUCGCGGGGCCAUUACUUUGCAGGCCAUGGUUCUUGCAGAGUUGCUCAUGUGUUUGUGAACGGAAUUCGUGUGGCUACUGCUACGCCUUAUCCAGUGAUAUACACUGGUGGAAUCUCCCCUGCCCUAUGGAGUCCGGUCGUUGCAGCCGGCGCAUUUGACGUCAGAGCCCUUGAGGUUGAACUGACACCUUUACUGCCCUUUUUCUGGGAAUCUAGUGGAGCGGGUCUCAAGGUUGUGAUAUCUAAUUGCCUGGAUGAUGAUCUUCCAGUGGGAGUCAAGCCCAGCUCCAUAGGCCAGAACUGGAUCACCACUGGCAACUUGGUGACUUGGGAGGACGCUUCCAUCGUUAAGUCUAGUGGAGAACUUAUCAGCGUUUCCAACACCACUAACGUGUCUAGUUUCGGAAUUGCGCCUCCUUUUGCUGGAUUACUCAACCAAAUUGUGAAAGCUAACUACAAAAAUCAGAUUGACACUGCCCUCAGCUACGUUCUUUCCAACGGCUCAACCGUUGAUAUCAUUGCCGAGGUGACCUCACACACUAAAUAUUUGAACAAUCUUCUGCUCACCAGCUUUGGUGACAAACAAUCGGUGAUUUCCAUCCCAGACUCAAAGCACUCGUUUGCGCUAUUGGAUAACGACACAGUUCUGUCGCAGGUGAAUUAUACCCACAAAUAUCCUCUGAUUCUGAGUCUGAACACUGGGAAAAAUCCCGAAGGAGAAAUCUCCUAUGCCGUGAAUAUAACCAGAGAAUUCGAGGUAUCCGUGAACAUCAGUGGAAAUGAGGCUGCCAAGUUCAAGAACGUGGAGAAUGGAACAUCAACCUUUUUCUUGAACCCUAACGGAAACCACGGUUUUGGCACCGUGGAGCACAACCUCACCGUUCUAACUCAGGAUCCUUUGCCCGAGGGAAACUAUUCGCGCCAUUUGAUUGCUUCAAAUGGUACUGUGAUUGAGUUGUGA